AUGGCUCUCGCCAACAUCGACACCACCACCGCGGUGCCCGCGCCCGAUCCCGUUCUAGAAACCCCCGAUGUCGCCGUGACCCCCUGUGAACCGUGGCCAGCGCCCUAUUACAUGGAGCGCGGUCUGCGUCGAGUCCGCCCUUAUCACUACACGUACAACACCCACUGCAAGGAGCGAUGGCGGGGUCGAGAACUGCUAGAGAUCUUCACUUCGGAGUUUCGGGACCGGAAGCCCGCAUACUACGUGAGUUCUUUACGGGAAAAGUCACCAGUAUCAAGACUAACAUAUUUCCCACAGAAAUGGGCUCUCGAAACCGGCCAUGUCGCCGUCAACGGCCAGGUGGCCGGCCCCAACACGGUCCUCAAGAAUGGCCAGGUCAUUUCCCACACUGCACACCGACACGAGCCGCCCGUGACAGGCCUGCCCGUUGGGAUCAUCCACGAGGAUGACGACAUCCUCGUUAUCGACAAGCCAGCCGGCGUGCCUGUACACUCCGCUGGUCGGUACCACUACAACUCUGUGGUGGAGAUCCUGCGCUCAGAACGCGGCAAUGAAUGGCUGCCUCGGCCAUGCAAUCGGCUCGACAGACUGACCUCGGGGAUUAUGUUCAUUGGGAAACAUCCCAAGGGCGCGGAGAAGAUUUCCACUCAGCUGGCGGCGCGGUCCGUGCAGAAGGAGUACGUCGCUCGCGUCAAGGGAAAGUUCCCAGACGGCGUGGUGGUGUGCGACCAGCCUGUUAUGCAGGUUAGUCCGAAACUGGGCUUGAACCGCGUACGAGCCACGGGCAAAGAAGCCACGACGAAAUUCCGCCACAAUUACUUCUACAACCGCCACGGGCGAAGCCCCCGCGCAGCUACUCCGCCGCCGACGUUCUCUAACGAAGCCGAAGGCUAUAGCAUUGUCCACUGCCUGCCUCUGACGGGCCGCACUCAUCAGAUCCGCGUGCACCUUCAGUUCUUGGGCCACCCGAUCACCAAUGACCCGAUCUAUUCCAAUCGGCGCGUGUUUGGCCCGGGCCUGGGUCGUAACGAAACUACCGCCGACCGCGACGAGGAGAUCAUAGAGCGAUUGUCGCACAUGGGCAAGACCGAACUGCCGGACACGAUCAGCUACCGGACGCACCUCACCGCGGCACCAAAUGUGCCCCCGGGCACAGACCCGCUCGUCGUGGAAGAGAUUAUGUCGCGCGAACAGGCGGCCGCAGCAGAAGCCUACGCGAAGCGAAAAGGCGAGCGGCUGUCCGGCGAGCUCUGCGACGUCUGCGGCACGGAGCUCUACUCUGACCCGGGCGUCCACGAGCUAGGAAUCUUCCUCCAUGCUGUCGCUUAUGCGGAUAAAGCUGGCGAGUGGGGCUACCGCAGCAAGAUGCCAAACUGGGGGUUGCCGCCGCCGGGCUUUGAUGGGCCUACUGAAGUCCCUGACUGGCAACCUGCUGCGGAUGGUGAGGAGACUGUCAUCGGCCAUGGAACGGUGCCCCGCGGUAUUGGUGAGGAUCUGGUCGAGGGACAACCGAGACCUGGAUUUAGUGGCCCGCUUCUCGUGGAAGGGGUCGGUGUUCUACACAUCUCAGACACGCCUCAGGAGCCGUCAGAGACUGUACCUGCCGCAUCGUCUUGA